UUCUUCCAUCUCGACCUCAGAGACACCAUGGCUGGAAAACAACAACAGCGAUACCGGGGCGUCCGCCAGAGGCAUUGGGGCUCUUGGGUCUCUGAAAUUCGCCAUCCUUUACUGAAGACUAGAAUAUGGCUAGGCACGUUCGAAACGGCUGAGGACGCGGCACGAGCAUAUGAUGAAGCAGCCAGGCUCAUGUGUGGGCCAAGAGCUCGCACCAACUUCAGUUACAAUCCCAACGACUCACAAUCAUCUUCGUCUAGGCUUCUCUCAGCGACUCUAACUGCUAAAUUGCAUAGAUGCUAUAUGGCAUCACUUCAAGCGGCCAAAGAGCCUUUAGCUACACACCUCCAACAACCUCAAUACUCUCCAAAUUUCGCCACAGACGGCAAUGCCGGAAAUAGCCGCCAAGUGGAUGUCGGGUCACCAGCGAAGAGACGGCGACAAGUGCAGGGCAAAUGGGUUGGUGGGGAAGAUGAGGAAUUCAAGGUUCUUGAAGAUGAUCAUAUUGAGCAGAUGAUCGAGGAGUUGCUUCAUUCUGGGUCUGUCGAGCUUAAUUAGUUUUGUAUAAUGGUGCACCUGCAAAUCCCAAUGGAACUAUUUCCCAUGAUCCCAUCUGUCCCAAAAACUUAUCUUACCCUUAAUUUCCAAUAAUUUUAAAUUUUUAGUUCUAGUCA